GAUGAUGGAAUAUGUGGUAAAUAAAAUCGGAAUUAGUAAAAUGUGGUGCAUGGACUUUAUCGUACUACUGCCACAAGGGGCACGAGUGUUGCGGCUAUCAGGGUUGUAUGCCGGUUGGUGAUGUAUGCUGUGGCAGCUUUUUCUAUUGUCCGAGUGGCAAUACUUGCUGCGGAACAAUGUAUUGUUGCAAAGCGGGAACUUUCUGUGAUGGAAAUGGGAAUUGUGUUUUAGAUAAGUAUUCAAAUCGGAAGCCGUCGACAACAAGAUCGAUUGAAACGAGAACACCUUCUAAAACAGCAAGGACAUUGUAUCCAACAAGAGCAAGAACACCUUUUCCAACAGAAUCAAGAACGCGAUAUCCAACAUUUAGGACGACGAGACGGUUUAACGAUUACACAACCAGGAGUUCAUUCCGAAUAUCACAUACAAGUACGUUACGAUGGUGGUAUGGUGUUAUAAUCGGCGGUGUUGUUGUUACUGUGGCAGUCAUCAUCGCUGCUGUCAUAUGUAGUCGCAGAAACUCUGCAUCAAAUGCGCCAGGUCAUUCAGGUACUGGUGGAAUGGUGCUGACCGCUCCGGCACAUAUCUAUGGGCAAUCACCUGGAAAUAACAUGCCUACACAACCACUAAAAUAAAAUGUGGCUUUCGUGGAACCCGG